GCUGUUCAGUAUCAGUUGUCCAAGACUCCAACUCAAGUUAAAAUUAGUACAUGUUUCACGUACUUACCAAACUUUCAUUAUAAAUUCUUGGGAAUUUCUCUCAUCCAAAAUAAUACGAAGUACAAUUUUCUGUCUCCUUAAACUCCAAACUUAGCCAUCUGAAUCUCCUUCCUUCAGCAGCAUCUUCUAUAACCACCCAUAGUCCAUAGACCAUAGUCUGCGUCGCCUCUUUCUCUGUUGUUGCUGCUCUUCUCGGCACAACUUGGUGUAACCCAUAAAUUUCCAUGACAAUAAAUUGGAGUGAGAUUCCAGAUGAACUUGCUAGAAAAAUUGCAGCUGAGCAUAUGGGAAAUUUAGAAGAUUUUGAUACUUUUGGGGAGGUUUGUUCUAGGUGGAGAUCUGCAAUAAAGGGUGUGAACUUCCGCCCAUCAAAAAAUACCCAACUACCUUGGUUGAUGCUAACUGAUCCUCCUAAUAGCUCAUAUCGUAGGUUUUACAGCCUCUCUAGACACAUAUUCACUAAAAUCUAUUUGCCCCAGUUGGAUGAUGAGGACAACGAUGACCAUCGAACAUAUUUCUCGUCAAAAGGGUGGCUUCUUUCUUUGAGUAGAAAAAAUCUAAAUAUCACCCUUUUCCAUCCAUUUUCAGGGAAAGUGAUAAAGCCACCAAGUGUUCAACUUGAGUUAAUGGAGUUCUCUUUUGAUCAAUGGGACGACACUAGUUAUCAAGAUUUUUUGUGCAAAUUUAUUUUAUCGGCGAACCCGUCUGAGUGUGAUGACGAUUACACUGUUGCAAUCUUGUUUGAGAGAACACAACUAUUAGCAUUUUGGAGACCCGGGGAGCACGCAUGGGCUAAACCUGCAGUGGAUUUCCAUAUUCAUUGGGUGUGUGAUGUUUGCUUUUUUCAAGGAGAAUUUUAUGCCAUUGAUUCUGUUGGAAAAGUCAUGGCAUUCGGAAGUGAAAAGACAAAUCGAAAACCAAGAAUAGUUGCAGACUUAAUAAGUCAAGGUGUUUUACCAAAGAUACCUAUAAAUUUAUACCUAGUGGAAGUGAAGAACAAAUUGUUGGUGAUACAUCGGUAUGUGUUUGUAGUUGAUGAGAUAAACAAGGAUGAAGAUGUGUAUUGGACUAAAUAUUUUGAGGUAUUUGAACUGAAUGUUGACAAUGGGAAAGCCAAACAAGUCCAUGAUGUAGGCGAUCGAGCUAUUUUCUUAGGCUAUAACUCUACUUUCUCUGUAAAGGCAUCAUCACAUAAAGAUGGAUGCAAAUCUAAUUGCAUUUACUUUACCGAUGACAAUGGCUAUUUAUUUCGUGGAUUGGAUGAUCGAAAUGGAGGAGGAAGCGACAUGGGUAUAUAUAGCAUCACAUAACGGAAAAUGAUUGAGCGGUAUUAUGAAGGUCCAUCCCAAUUUUGUUUUGUCUCUCCUCCGUUGUGGGUGGAACGCCCUUAUUGACAGGCUUAUAGUUAUUUUUGUUACAUUUACUUUUCAUUUUAUAAAUGUUUAGUAGUAAUAAUUGUGUAAAUGUGUUAUCUUUGUGCUGCAUUUUUUUCUGAAGAAUUUGGGAAAUUUUCACUUGACAAAUUUAUGGAUAAAAGAUGGGGUGACACAUGUCACCUAAUUAUAUAUGAUUUUCCUU